AUGGGGCCAACUUCCCCUCCACCACCUCCGGAGGGAGUGUUCUCCUUGCUGGACACAGACCUUUACAAGCUAACGAUGCAAUGCGCGACUCUAAAAUACUUCCCUAAUGCCCGACUCCAAAAUAUCACCUUGACGAAUGAGGAGCUAGAAUUCUUGCAGAAGCGCUGUCCGUAUCUCAACACGGCAUACCUGAGAUACCUGUCGGAAUUCCGCCUUAAACCCUCUGAGCAGUUGGAGGUUUCGUUCAUACCAAUAGACGAUACUGGGUCCAAGGAAGAUAUAGGCGAAGUCAAAAUAGCGAUCAAGGGUCUGUGGGUUGAAACGAUCCUGUACGAAAUACCCCUUUUGGCAUUGACGAGUGAAGCGUACUUUAAAUUCUGCGAUCGCGAUUGGGACUACCACCAACAAGAAGAGAAGGCGUUCCGAAAGGGUUGCAGACUCCUUGAACAUGGGUGUAUAUUCUCCGAGUUCGGGACUCGGAGACGAAGAGAUUAUCAUACCCAGAAUCUGGUGAUGGAAGGUCUAACUCGAGCAGCAAAACAGUGUGCGCAGGAGGGUUUCAAGGGAAAACUUUCGGGCACGAGUAACGUCCAUUUCGCCAUGAAGUAUGAUGUCGAACCCGUGGGGACCGUUGCCCAUGAGUGGUAUAUGGGAAUUGCUGCCAUUACGAACGAUUAUGAGAAUGCCAACGAGAUUGCGUUGCGGUAUUGGCUGGGAUGUUUCGGUGAAGGGGUCUUGGGUAUCGCCCUGACAGAUACCUUUGGUACCCCGACGUUCCUCGACGCAUUCAGCAAGCCCGUUCCAGGGCAUACGGCAGCUGCUGAAGGUCCAGAGGCUACACUUCCUUCCUCAGGGAAUAAUACCGCCGAGACAGAUUCUUUGGCAUCAACCAAACCCCCUAUUCAUGCGCAUGUGGAAGAUGGAGCCAAGGAUGGCCCAACAAGGACCUAUGCCCAGGUUUUUGCAGGCGUAAGGCAAGACUCUGGCGACCCCGUCUAUUUCGUGAAGAUGGUGGAGGACUUUUACGAUAAGCAAGGCAUCAAGGACAAGAAGACGGUUGUAUUCUCGGAUUCCUUGAAUAUAGAGCUUUGCUUGGAGUAUAAGGUUAUUGCGGAGGAGUCUGGAUUCCAACCUACUUUUGGGGUUGGAACUUUUUUCACAAAUGACUUUAAACGCUCGUCGGACGGGGGCAAGUCGGUACCUCUCAACAUAGUCAUCAAGGUUUCCAGCGCCGGAGGACGGCCAGCGGUCAAACUCAGUGACAACCUUGGCAAGAACACUGGCGACUCGAAGACGGUGGUAGAGGUUAAAAAGCGACUUGGUUAUGUAGAGCACGACUGGGAAGCCGGAGACGAGACAGCGCGGUGGGGUAAGAAGGGAGAGUAG